GGAAUCACGGAGGACAGCUAUCGCAUCUGAGACCCUGGGUCCACUCCACUGUACCAUUCUGUGCCAGGAUUAACAUCAGACCUCCUUGGUGUUAUUUAGAGAGAUCCAUCUUGAACAUGGCAGGUAAGAAAGUGCUCAUUGUCUAUGCGCACCAAGAACCCAGAUCUUUCAAUGGAUCCUUGAAGAAGGUGGCUGUGGAGGAACUGAGCAAACAGGGCUGCGUUGUCACCGUGUCUGAUUUAUACGCCAUGAAUUUUGAGCCAAGGGCCACAAAGAAUGAUAUCACUGGUAGUCUGUCUAACCCUGAGUUCUUCAAUUACGGAGUGGAAACAUAUGAAGCCUACAAGAAGAGGUCCCUGAACAGUGACAUCAUGGAAGAGCAGAAGAAGGUUCAGGAAGCAGAUCUAGUCAUAUUUCAGUUCCCCCUGUACUGGUUCAGCAUGCCAGCGAUCCUGAAGGGCUGGAUGGACAGGGUGCUGUGCCAAGGCUUUGCUUUUGACUUUCCAGAAAUCUACGACUCUGGUUUUCUCCAGGGUAAAUUGGCCCUUCUCUCAUUAACCACAGGCAGCACAGCUGAGAUGUACUCGAAAGAUGGAAUCAGUGGAGAUGUUCGGUACUUCCUAUGGCCCCUUCAGCAUGGUGCCUUGCACUUCUGUGGAUUUAAAGUCCUUGCCCCACAAAUCAGUUUUGCUCCUGAGAUCGCAUCAGAAGAAGACAGAAAGGGGAUGGAGGCAGCCUGGGCACAAAGGCUGAAAACCAUCUGGAAAGAAGAGCCCAUUGACUGCACACCUCCCUGGUACUUUGGAAAAUAAACCUUGUGCCACAUACAUAGUGCACAGAUUGAAACACUGAGAUGUAAGCUCACAAAGAGAGAAUAAAAACUAAAAUGAAAUAAAAUUACAACUGAGUUAACUGGG